GGACAUGCAUUAUGCAUGUUUCUUACAGACAAAUAAAACAAUGCUGUGAUGAAGUGUCGACAUUUGACUUGCUACUACGCGAGUGCGAAAUAUUUUGCUUCAAAAACAUAUUAGCCAAACAAAAUCUACAAACAAUGUUAUCCUAAUUCUCACAUGCGUACUACGACAUUAUAGUUUGUUUCGGAUGUUUACAGGCAGGAAAAUUGUUUAGUGAUCCACCACCGUAUUGUUUGUGAUGAUAACACAGCGUCGGCCAGCGGUGCCUGUCUAAAAAUAGUACUACAAUCGUUAUUGGACUGUAGAAAUGCGCAUUGUUGAGAAAACCGGAUAAAUAUUCACCUUGUGGUAUUUCAUUGAUUUAUUUGUAGGUUUAAGUGUGUUUCAUAUGAGACAAACAUCAGGCUUAUAAACAAAACAGCUUCUCUACCCAAUAGCAUUCCACGUGCGCAUCUGUCAGUUUUUGCGCGACGCUGGUAAGCACCUUUCUGUUCUUUUGUCUUUUGCAUCCAAGUAUUCAUAAAGAUACGGUACAGUAAUAUAUACAGUAAUAUAUCAACUUCCAACUGCUUCGUCAUAUUGACGUGCGUGUUGUACAAACAGCUCUUCAUUUCCAAAUGGGCGGCCUGUAUAUAGCAUGGAUGCUCUGUUGGCAAAUAACGUUUACAUGUAAUCUAAAUUACAAAGCAUAUAAAAGCUACAAGUCAUGUUGUAGGCUACAUGGUGUAAAUACACGCAUCUCACUCACUCAACCUGUAAUCUUGCAGAUUCUCAGUGAAUUCGCAUCUGUGUGCAUCUAUUCCCCCCUUUGUCAUUGCUGGAGUUAUGUACGUUAUAGUUGUUUCUCAGAGCUUAUGUUCGUAUGCGAAUAGUUGUGAUAUUACUUUACAGUUACCAUAUAUUUCGUGUCUCCACGGGUUUUCAUUGUCUUCAAAGUAGCUCAGGUUGAUCAUCCACUCAUUACACUGUUGUCGCUAACCAUGCAGUAUAUGUGCAGUGAAUAUGCAUUUCUUAAUUGUUAAAUGUUUUGUUGUCUGUGGAUUCUCUAUACAUAAAAGAGAGAAUAGAAGAGUUCUAUUUUGGAGAAUGUUUAUUGUCAUUAGAGCAGGAGUACUUCGGCGAGGUCUGUGUGUAUGAUCAUGACAAAAAGGCUUUUCAUACCGAUACAAACCAUUGCUUCAACACUAAUCCAUUUCGAAUCAGAACAUCUAUCCCUGUUGGCCAUUAACCCUUAAUAUUUAUUUUUAAUUUAGCUAAAAAGAGCCAUUACAGCUUAUUCAUGUACUGUUGCAAACAUGUCUCUUAUUUGGAUACAUACCCAAGAUAUUUUAGAGGCUUCAUUCCCAACUCUGGUCCUGCAUGUUCAAUAGAUGACUCGUAUUUAAAUUACCCAUUUUCAUAAAUUUGGUUUAAUCCAACACACACUUUUUUAUUUUAUUUUAAAUUAAAUUUAAAUUAAAUAUCAUCCACAAAUAGUUUUUAUCUAUUAUAACCAAAGGCAAUGCUUGGCAGCUGGCCUCUUUUGGAGACACUUUGCCCUCUCAGCUGCCUCCAGAAUGACAGUUGGUUCUCUGUAUCAGACUGUCUGGCUGUUGGAAGGCUGGAAUAUUUGAAUGUCACUAGGGGAGGACAUCUGUGGCUUGAGGAGGGGGCUGGUCAAUAGGGCUUCACAAAUGCCACUUGAAUGGAGCAAGUGAAGAACUACAUUCAAAUGGUGUCUCAAGGGCCCUUUUGGAAGCAUCAGGGGCCUCUGUAAACCAGCAAAAUGGCAAUGUCCAAUUUGAACACCCCUCCAUAUUGAGCCUAAAUGGUAGAGACUAUAUUGCAAAGAUUGCUGGGAAGAAGAAGUGCAGUCGGGAUUGGGACUUUGGAGAGGGUGGUAGCAAUCUAAAAAGGUAAAAAUUCUCAUCGAGACUUCUUCCUCCAGACACAAUGGCUGACAAUGAGAUAUUUGAUGACCCAGAGAAGCUGAAGAGAGGUCUAAUAAAGGUUCUAGAAUGCGUGGCCACAAUCUCAUCAGCCGCAGCGGUUGUCAAUCCCAUCUUUGGCGUGGCCGGGUCUCUCAUCCGUGUGGUGCUGCACCAUGUGGACGAUGAAGAUCUCCAGAUACUCAAACGUGAGUUCCGAAGCGUGAAUCGAGCCCUGGAUGAUAUUUCACAACAGAACCGUCAAACCUUGCAGCAGAUCAGGAAGGAGACGAUUGACAAACAGUACGGCCAGAUCGAAGAAAACCUUCGCAACCAGUUCCGCAAAUUCAUGGAGAUCGUGGAAGCCAAGCCCGAGCACCUGCAGCGCAAGAAGGACGAUUUCGUAGAGAGUUACAUGAAUGACAACGAAGACCAAAACAUGCACACGCUUUGGGAUGGCGUGAUGGGGAAACGCAAACUCUUCAGCCGGCCCAUUCUAGAAGUGUAUAUGAAGCAUUCUGAGGGUGACCGGAGCGUCAUGGAGAACCUCUGCACCCGACUCGCCUACCUGUUCUGCAUUGGUUUCAUCGCGAUGAUGGGCUACUAUGCCUUCAUAGGAGAUGAUGUGGGGGAACGGAAUGAGGAGUGGGAAGAGAAGAUGAAAAACGUGCAGGAGAAGAUGCAGGAAGCGCUGAGGAGGUGCAAAUGAUUUAUUACGCACAACCACUGCAUUAAACAACGUCUUUGUUGCUCUCUUGUAUGCAUGUCUUGCUUUCCGUUUCCACUUUAACAGACCUUUUCACCAUCAACCUGAAGCAUGUAAUGCAAUUUUGUCCUCGAUGACUGCAGGUUAGGGUUAGGGUUUUUUCUGUAAUCUGCUUUUUCCAAUCACAGGUCUAAACUGGCUCAGUUUAACAUUAUAGGACAAAAUGUAACACUAUUAAAAGAUAAACUACUGUACAGUAUAAUCUACUGCAAGAGCAAAGAUAAACCGCAUAAGAAGUGAGAUGCACACCGUAAACUCACUCAUGCGUCAUAUAAACAUUGUAUUAAAGUCAGCUUUACGCAAAUAUUUUAUAUACAAAGUUAUAAAACUGAAUGAAAAUCUGUUUGUCUGUGAACGCUUAUUGUGAUUGUUUUUAUAUAUUUUUAAUGAAAGGAUAUUUUUGUUUUUGUUUUGUUUUUUUCGCCACUAAAUGGCACAUAAUAGAUGCACUUAAUUUUUUCCUGUAGAGUUACAAAGUUUCUGACAGUAUAUUGUGAGAACGGAGAUCUACAAUGCAGGUGUUUCUUUAAAGUUUCUUUAAGCCUUUUAUAUCUGAGGCAUGAUAAAAUAGACCGUAAAGUGCAGCUCGGUGUCUAACAAGCCUGAAAUUUAUCUGGAUCGUCAUGUUUGUUGCACAUUUAUUCAACCAUAAAUCAAUAAAUGCAUCUGUAUAGCAUACUAUAUAUAAAUGUACUAUAUAGCAUAAGAUUCUGUGUUCAUGAAUGUCAAAAGAGUACAUUUCCAGAUGUUUUCUUGUAACUUAUCUUUAGGAAUGUUUUUGUCAUAUACAGUACUUAAAAUCUCUGUAAAAUGCUGUUACAGUUUUCAAUAAAUAUCCACAAUAGAAACUCAA